AUGUUGUGCUACAAGAGUAGGUCGACUAGACCAUCAAAUUCAUCAUCAACAUCAUCACAAGCAACAACAUUAACAGCCACAAAGUCACCACCACAACCAAAAGCACCAGAGACAAAGGUGGAGAAUCAUCCACAAGUCCUGGUAGAGACAGCUAACCCUCGACCACCAGUACUGCUGACAACAGCCAUUACGGAUUCAUUUGAUCGCUGGGGUAGGGUUGUCACUGCUCGAGCAUUGCUGGAUCAAGGAUCCGAGAUUUCACUGGUGUCGGAGGCUCUGGCAAAUAGACUAGGACUUAGUCGAACGUCAUCACGUUUUGCUGUGGUGGGCAUUGGCCAACAUACAAUGCAGGCAAGAGGUGCGAUUGAUAUUAAGGUGAUAUCGAGAGUGUCACCAUAUAAAGGUCUAGUGAAGGCAUUGGUAAUGCCAAAACUAACAGGGUUAUUACCAUCAGUUGCGAUUCCCAAGCAUUUGCGAGACAGCUGGGCCCACAUAAAACAUCUUCAGCUUGCUGAUCCUGAGUUUUAUGUACCAGCUCCAAUUGAUGCUAUCUUUGGUGCUGAUGUAUACAGCACAGUACUAAAAGAUGGUGUCAAAAAAGGACCAGAGGGUCAACCAACCGCUCAGAGUACAGAGCUCGGUUGGGUUUUAUCUGGUAAUACCCUGAAUUUGGGAAAUAAUACCUCUCUCUGUACAGCAUCAAAAAAUUAUCAUCAAGGAGUUUCCUGUCAGAGAGAGGAAGAGCUGUACAACCUUGUCAAAAGAUUUUGGCUGCAAGAAGAGCAGUUUGACACUACAGAGUCAUCAGGAUUUUCUGAUGACAUCUGUAUGAGUUAUUUCAUAUCAAAUUACGAGAGAGAUACUCAUGGUCGUUUUGUGGCAUAUUGUGAAUUCAUGACUGAGUAUGAAUCACAGGGUCACAUGGUAAAAGCAUCACCUGUUGAAGACCAUUCUAAGUGUUAUUAUUUACCACAUCACAGUGUCAUAAAAGAGUCGAGUACAUCAACAAAAUUGAGAGUUGUAUUCAAUGGUUCACAAAAAACAAAUACAGGGGAAUCAUUGAAUGACAACUUAUACGAGGGUCCAAAGUUAUUAAAUUCUCUGGUAUCAGUCCUGACACAGUGGAAAAAGUCACGUUUUGUCUUUUCUUGUGAUAUCAGAGAUACACUCGACUCACCAGUUCAAGAGUAUGAGCUUACCACGGUAACUUAUGGUACCAAGCCAGCCCCAUUCCUGGCUUUGGCUACAUUGAGACAGCUUGAACUGGAAGAGGGAGAUAAGUUUCCACUUGUAAAGUCGGCAAUAUCACAAGGAUCAUAUAUGGAUGAUAUAUAUGUUGGUGCUGACAAUUUACAAGAAAAAAUUGACAAGGCUGUACAAAUUCAAAAGAUGCUUCACUCUGGUGGUUUUGAAUUGCGAAAAUGGAUAAGCAAUUCAAAGGAGUUACUAUGUAAUAUCCCAAAGGAUUUCCACGAGAAAACAACCAACCAUUUGAGUGAAGAUCAUGAGAUUUUCAGGACACUUGGGCUUAACUGGGAUACGACAACACUUGGUGUUGCUAAGAGUACUAUAAUGGCAUCCAAGUCGAAACUUGCACCUAUCAAAUCAGACUCCAACAGCUCCAAUAAGAAGAAAUGUAAAGUUUCAACACCAAGAUUGGAGUUGUCAGCAGCAGUACUGUUGGUUAAAUUAGUGAGAGAUAUUCAACAGAGUUUGGAUUGUCAGUCAGCAAGCAUACACUUGUGGACUGACUCAUCCAUUACAUAUUAUUGGAUAACUGGUGACGUUAAUCGUUGGAAGACAUUUGUCUAUAAUAGAGUGGUAUUUAUACAAAAUACAUUGACACAGGCAACCUGGCAUCACGUACCAGGUGAAGAUAAUCCAGCUGAUGUAGUAUCACGUAGUACAUCGUCAUCACAAUUAUAUACAGAUCUUUUGUGGUGGCAGGGUCCAGCUUGGAUUAUUAAAAAUCAAAAUGAGUGGCCUGUGUUAAACAAUCAAGAGAUUGACAUGACUCAAGUUGAAGAAAAAACCUUUGGUUUGCAAUGCAAUGUCAACCAUAAGUCAAGCUGGAUUACGUCUGAAGAACGUAAAAUUGCAUUGCUGGGUUUGGUAAUUAAUAAUCAACGAUUAUACUUUCAUGAGGUGAUUAAACAAUUAUCAAAGGGUGAAGCACUUUCAAGGUCAAGUCCUUUGAUAAAAUUAACACCAUUCCUUGACGAGGAUGGUGCAUUGAGAGUCGGUGGAAGACUGAGUAGAUCCCUCAUGACAAGUGACCAAAAAAAUCCGUUGAUAUUACCGAGAGAGUCAAAACUAACUGAACUGAUACUCAACGAGUGUCAUAUUGUUACGGGACGAGUACCAGUCAGGAGUUUUAUAAAUAAAUGUGUUGUUUGUGUAAGACAUCGAGCUGAAGCUGCACAACAGUUAAUGGGUCAACUACCAGCAUCUAGAGUCUUAAAAUGCAAGCCAUUUCUCCAUACAGGAGUUGACUAUGCUGGCCCAUUUGAACUGAAGACAUGGUCAGGCAAAUGUAAUAGGUCUUACAAGAGCUAUUUAGUUGUAUUUGUCUGCAUGGCAUCAUCGGCAGUUCAUCUUGAUUUAGCUACUGACUCCACAACUGAAGGAUUCCUAGCAGCAUUUAAGAGAUUUGUAAGUCGUCGUGGACGAUGUGUGAAGUUAUUUAGCGAUUGUGGUACAAAUUUCGUAGGUGCAGAUGCUGAACUAAAACGUCUUUUUAAGUCAGCAUCAAAGGAAGCUAAAAAUCUUGCCACUCUUUUGGCAAAAGAUGGUACAGAUUGGAGCUUUAUACCUCCUGGGUCACCACAUUUUGGUGGCAAAUGGGAAUCAGUUGUUAAGUCAGCUAAACAUCACAUUAAGAGAGUCAUUGGUGAUCACAAGCUCACGUAUGAACAAUUUAGUACGCUCUUAACACAAGUUGAGUGUUUACUCAACUCGAGACCCUUGUGCCCAAUGACUGAUGAUCCUGAGGAUCUUCAAGCAUUAACGCCAGGUCAUUUCUUGGUUGGUGAACCACUGAAUGCAGUGCCUGAGCCAUCUGUUUUGGAUGUACCUGACAAUCGUCUCAACAAGUGGCGAUUGUUAAGGAAGUUCAUGGAGUCUUUUUGGGACAGAUGGUCCAAGGAGUAUUUACAGAAAUAUUUGGUCAGGUCCAAAUGGUUGCAUACAUCACCAUGCAUUCAAGUGGAUACAAGGGCAUUGGUCAUUGAUGAGAGAUUACCACCAGGUAAAUGGGCCUUGGCACGAGUCACUCAGGUGUUUCCUGGAGCUGAUGGAUUGGUCAGAGCAGUCACUGUUAAGACACAAACUGCUGAGUACCAAAGGCCAGUGGCGAAAUUAUGUGUGUUACCUAUUGAGUUGACAAUUACAUUGUCAAGGGGGGAGAAUGUUUACGCAAGAGACCGCUAUAUUGGUAUAGCAGCACCUGCCGGUCAACUUUAUUUUUGA